UUGGACAUUCGCGGCUGCGUGAUAUUGGCCGGAUCAGUUCAGCGAUCAGUCGACGACGAAGGCUUGCAGUGAACGCGACGUGUAGUGCUGAAGUACUCCCAACAAUUUCAAGAGCCAACCACCUCGAUCGCGCGUCUCCUUUUGGGAUUUGAGAACCCGAUUCCCCCAUAUAUAUAUAUAUAUCCAUAUAUAUUUAUAUUCACCGAUCGUCGCCAGCGGCAAUCAGAUACUAGUGCUUCGCGCUCCCACCACAUCCAUCCACAGCCAACCGAAGAAAAGAUGGCCAAAAUCGUUCUCAUCUGCCUUCUGAGCCUUUUGGCAUGCGCUGCAGGUCAACGCAUCACGACAAUCCAUCUGGAUGGAGUUCAGUACUUCAUCAGCCGGAUGAACCCCUAUUCGCCGGAACUGAACUACUUCCUGGCCUACCAGUACUGCCGAUCCCUGGGCCUACAGCUGGCCUCGUUCGAGACCAAGGAGAAGGCCGAGUCGAUGACCACCUAUCUGAAGAAUGCCGGUUAUGGAAACUAUGAUUUCUGGACAUCCGGCAAUCGCCUGGGCACGGGCAUGUUCCUAUGGAUGAGCACCGGUCUGCCGUUCAAUGCCACCUUCGAUUUCUUCGAGAACUCGGCGGACGCCAUUCAGGCCGGUCUUCUUGAUCCUGUUGACCACAAUAGCAACACUUCACCACAGCGCACUGCCCGCGACAGCAGCAGUGGCGCCGAGAAAGGAUGCGUUAUCCUGAAGCAGCCCACGCUCAAGUGGAUGCCCGAGGACUGCUCCGCCGUGAAGGACUUCAUCUGUGAGCAGACCCGCUGCUACUACUACAACUAUGGCAGCAUCCCCGUCUCGUCGGCGCAGGGACGUCCCAUUACAUCGACCACGCCCAGGACACCUGCCUCUCUGAUGAAUCUGCAUGCCGCCGCCACCACCACUCCUCUGCCCUUGCUGAUGUCCACCAGCGGUGGCUCCUUGUACACCGCCGCUAAGGCCAAGUCCAGGAUCUCGGAGGACUCUCAGCAGCAGCCCUCGUUCAUCUCCUUUAAGCUGAACCAUGACCGCUCGCUGCCUGAUACGGAUGCCACCGAUGUCGAUGUGGAGGACCAGGAGACUGAUGUGGAGGAGCACGAGGAGCACGACGAUCACGAUGUGGAAGGCGAUGGCGAGGAGGACCAGGAGGAGCAUGCCCGUGAGCUGAGUGGGGAUAACGAGGGUGAUAUCAAGGAGCAUGUCUUCCCGCUGACCGACAACGAACUGCAUCCCGAAAUGCACUCCAUCGAGGAGGUCCAGCAGCAGCUGCAGCAACAGCACCAGCAGGAACAGGAGCAGGACCAAGAGCAGGAAGCCGCUGCCACGGUUGAGGAGCAUGAGAGCGCAGAGCACGACGACCACGAAGAGGCGGAGAGUGAGGCCGACCAGGAGGCGGAGACGGCCAGCGAGUCCCUGACCCUGCCCAGUUCCACGGAGUCGCCAGCUGCUGCUAUCGAGGAGCGCAUCAAGCAGAUCGCCCAGGACUUCCAGAAGAUGGCAAGCUCCCAGGAGCUGCAGCCCAAGGAGGAGCUGACGCCCCAGUCCUCGCUGUCCCUGAACGAUCUGAUACGCACCCUGCGGCCCAACGAGCAGCAGAUCAUCCCCCAAAUCGACUCCGACUACUCCAAUGCCAUGCGUGUUCUGGGCAAGCCACUGGCGGCCAAUAACUAGGGACUACCAUCCUCCCAAAACUAGCCUAAGAUGUGUGUGCUCGGGUGUAUGUGUGUGAGGUCCUUGGAGGUCAUCCAACCAGAUAGCCGGGUUCCACUGAGGAAUGAUACAUUUUCGCGAGCCGGCCGGACAUGUCCGAAAAUGUCGCUUCUCUCUGAGGACCCGGAGCCUGGAGCGGCGAAGGACCCCAUCGAAAUUGACGAUCCACUAGCAUAUCGGAGAGCAGCAGAGAGAUUAAAGGAGCUAAGACAUUAAUCUAUAUAUAAAUAUAUAUGUAUUGUAUGCUUUAAUUGUAUGACAACCACCAACAACACAACAAAAAAUGGAAACUCUUGAUUAAUAAAUGUAAUGAGUAAUUAAAACUGA